CUAAAAAUAUUUGUUAUCAGAAAAAAUAGAGCUUUCUGUCAAGCGUGGAGUUGUUUUGUACGCGAAAAUUGAGAAUAUAUAACGAUAUAUACUUGUAAAAAAAGCUUGUAAAUAAUGGCUGAUGAUUUCGACGGAGACGAGGUUGCGGAUGAUUUUGAUGAUGUAGAUGACGAGGACAAUAUCGAAUUAGAACCCCAGGAAGAUGAUGGUGAAAAUAUCGAAUUGAUGAAUGCUAAUGAAGCUACCGCUGGUGUUCAAAAAUCAAAAAGGAUAACAACAAGAUAUAUGACAAAAUACGAAAGGGCAAGAGUUUUAGGCACAAGAGCACUUCAAAUUGCAAUGUGCGCUCCUGUAAUGGUAGAAUUAGAAGGGGAAACUGAUCCACUGCAAAUUGCGAUGAAGGAGUUAAAGCAGAGAAAAAUUCCCAUAAUCAUACGUCGUUAUCUGCCUGAUAACAGUUAUGAAGAUUGGGGCAUUGAUGAACUUAUUAUAAUAGAUCAUUAAUAUCAGUGUAAAAUGUAUAUAAAAUUAGAUUUACUUUAUUAUCAAUACAA